ACUGGAUCAACAUUGAGUAAUACUGCUGUUUGGCCAAUGAAAUAGCAGAAGAGAAAGAGGAGAGAACAAAUUUGUAAUGGACAAAGUCCGCCCAGUCCCUGGUCCUACGCCAAAGGCGUUCAGCUGCCCGGGAACAAGAGCGAAGGUAGCGGAGGAAAGAGUUUAUGAUGGCUACUGUUUUCACAUCAAACAAAACAAUCAGAGUUUGUCCUUUCCUCAAUGGAGAUGUGGAAAACCCGGAAGCCCAAACAAACAACGCAUGGAUUCAACCCAAUUUACCAAGCAGAUGUACAUGGAAACCAGGAAAACCUAUCUCCCAAUCUCCUCAUCGCUGUGUGCCUUUGCCAAAAGAACCAAAGAUCUUGUCGAAUAUUUUGGAGAAAAUUGGGCAUACCCCACUAGUCCGUGUCAACAAGAUUGCAAAAGCCUAUGGGCUUAAGUGUGAGCUCUUGGCCAAAUGUGAAUAUUUCAAUGCUGGAGGGAGUGUGAAGGACCGAAUCACCGUGAGGAUGAUAGAAGAUGCAGAAAAGGCUGGUACUUUAAAACCAGGAGACACACUCAUUGAACCUACGUCAGGAAACACAGGGAUCGGGAUAGCCCUGGUAGCUGCCGUGAAGGGCUAUCGCUGCAUCAUUGUCCUGCCAGAAAAAAUGAGCACGGAGAAGGUGGAUAUCCUGAGAGCGCUUGGGGCUGAAAUCGUAAGAACUCCAUGCACAAGGUACGAUGCCCCAGAAUCAAAUGUACGUGUUGCUUGGAAACUGAAAAAUGAAAUCCCAAACUCACACAUUUUGGAUCAGUACCGAAAUGCAGGCAAUCCAUUGGCGCACUACGACACCACAGCAGAAGAGAUUCUGGAACAAUGUGACGGCAAAGUCGAUAUGUUUGUGGCUGGAGCUGGCACAGGAGGUACCAUCACUGGUAUUGCCAGAAAAAUGAAGGAGAAAUGUCCUGAAUGCAAAAUUGUUGGAGUGGAUCCCGAUGGCUCCAUUGUUGCGCUACCCAGUUCCCUGAACACAGUGUCAGCAGAGGAAACGACAAUGGAGGUGGAAGGGAUUGGACACGACUUUAUCCCAACUGUCCUUGACAGAUCUGUGAUAGAUCAGUGGUGCAAGAGCAAUGACACAGACUCCUUUCUGAUGGCUCGUAGACUGAUUAGAGAGGAAGGCUUGCUUUGUGGAGGCAGCGCGGGCAGUGCAAUGGCUGUGGCUGUGGAAGCUGCCAAGCAGCUCAAAGAGGGUCAGCGCUGUGUUGUCCUCUUACCUGACUCUGUGAGGAACUACAUGUCUAAGUUUUUGAAUGAUAAAUGGAUGGUGAAGAAUGGAUUUCUAAAAGAAGAUGUUCAAGAAAAUUAUCCCUGGUGGUGGAAUAUCAAGGUGCAGAAGCUGAACCUCUUAGCCCCUCUGACUCUUCUCCAAGAUGUGAACUGCCAAAAGGCAAUUGAAAUCCUCCGCGAGAAGAGAUAUGACCAGGCACCAGUUGUGGCUGAAUCAGGCCUCAUCUUGGGAAUGGUAACUCUCAGCAACAUCCUCUCUUCAAUCCUGGCAGGAAGUGCCCAGUUCUCAGACCCAGUCCUCAAGGUCAUUUACCAGCAGUUUUCAAAGAUUAGUCUAGAUGACACCCUUGGGAAGCUGUCACAAAUCCUGGAAAACGAUCACUUUGCCAUUGUUGUGCACGAACUGGAGCUGUACAAUGCAGAUGGCAGCUCCUUUAUGAAACAGAUGGUGUUUGGUGUGGCCACAGCUGUUGACCUCCUCAGCUUUGUCACCCCAAAGAACAAGACCCAGGAGCUAAGAGAUGUAACACCCAAAUCAGCUUCUUCUGAAAGAACUUUCUCCAUGGCAGAAUCAGAAAAAAGUAACUGAAGACUUUUAAGUGUCAUGUUCUUGUUUUGUUUUCCAAUAUGGCUUUCUAUUUUAAUUUGCCUAGUAGUUCUUGGUCUACUAUGUUUCAUACAUCCUAAAUGCAACCAAACAGAAUAAUCUGGAAUCAGGAUGAUCUGACAAGAGCUUUUAAAAUUAAAAUAAGUGGCAAUGAUGAGAUAAGAUGUUAAGAAUAAUAUUCUUUGGGAGAAAGCAGUAGAAGGAAAUGAAUUGUCCUAUGAAGCCUUGCUGGAUUGAUUUCUAUUUGGCAUUUUGUUGUUUGCAUUAACAUUGACUGAUAAAUGCAUUUCAAAAUCUGCUGGCAGAGGAAUAAAGACAUACAACAGACGCAAAUGCUGCCUGAAUUAAAUGCAGAGUCAACAAUAAUACAAUUUGCUUGUACGGGGGAAGUCUGAAAUGGCAUUGUUCUACUGGCAGAAGGUCGGGUGUGCGUAAGAUCCUUUACUCCACAAUCUGCAGGAGCUACAUUAACCUCCCAAAAUCUUUGAGCAAAGAAGGUUCCCAGACU